AUGCUCUAUUUUCUUUUCACAUUUGUAGUUUUUUCUUCUUCAAAAUACGCAAUUUCCAACGACAGCCCGACAUCUGCGUUUGAACUUGGUGUCUGUUACUUUUCAAGCACAAACACGUACAUAAAAUUUAUCGAAACGCCUACCAAUGGGUUGCAGUUUUUUAAAUCAAAUGAUUGUUCAACACUGACUCCAACAGAAGACCAAACAAUCACCAACGAUUUCACAUUUUCAGACACACUCCCCACUCACAACUUUGUGAUGAACUCGUACGGCGCUUCAGAGAAUUGUGAACUUUCUGACUUCACUGCACGCCCAACAACUUUGCUUUUCACUUCAGGGUGUAAUUCCUACGACGAAGCCUCAAUAUCUUUGACAAAAAACGAUCAGCAAUUCAUAUACAGAACCUUCUUGGUGACUGAUUGUACUGGUGAUGCGAAGACUUCUCUCACUUUUGAAAAAGGAAAAUGCCAAAAGGAUUCAUUGGGUAAUUAUGUUGUCAUCUCUGAAAUAGUCCAGCCACCUAUCCCACAAAAUGUUCUUUACGCGCUAUUAGAAAGUGAAGGUGAUACUUUGUUGUAUUUAGUCGACAAAUGUCACAUGACAACUUCUGGAAAAUUUGUCAAAUUUGAAAAAUACGAGAAAAUUGUUUUGAUUAAAAGUGGAAAUUCCUGCGAUUUAUUAACUGAAGAUCUCGACCAAACACCAAUAUCAAAGACUACGUUUCUUGAAGAAUUUCCGUUAAAUUACGUUGUUAAAAACAAUUAUUUAGGUGUCGACAAUUGCAUGCAAACAAAUGUGGAGAUAUUCCCAGCAAUACAACUCUAUUCCACAAGGUGUGCGACUACAGGUUCAACUUCUUCGCGAGUACGACGCGAUGGAUACACUUUUGUCUUUGAGACAUUUUCUUCCGUGGAUUGUUCUGGCGUAUCUACGACUUCGACAGUACAAAAUGAAGGAAUAUGCACAAGUGGUGUGUUAUACGCUGAAGCUGUUUUUCAAAGUGCAAUUGGUGAAGACAAAAAAUUUGUUUCUGUUCGAGACAACAAAUACUUGUUUAUCUACUUUGCUCUUGAAAAGUGUGUUUAUUCGGGAAACAAUGUCUACAUGAAAGUUUCAAGGAAGAGCACUAUUGUUGAAAUAUCAACUGGAAGUCUGUGCAAUUCACUUUCUCGCAGUGAGUUUCAAGGCGAACUGUCAGCGUACAAUUUCAUCGACUCUCUUCCACCGUUCCAAGUUGCGAAAAACAUUUACUAUGACAAACAAGACUGUCUUUUAUCAGACACAAUUGCAACAACAAAAUUGCUCCUCGAGCAGAUGUCAUGCACUUCCACCCCAAUUAACUCUUAUAAAUAUUCACUUGAUGGAUCAACAUACACUGUGUUGCAAUACACGUCCUCUGAUUGCACCGGUGAAGUGAAUACCACAAAUAUAGACAGAGGAGAAUGCGUUCAACUGGUACCAAGCGGUGAUUAUAUGACUCUCUCCCAUCGGUCAGAACGAACAAUUUCGUUGUUGUCCAGGUACGCACUUCAAACGACUUCGAGUGGAAUUUUUGUGUAUCAGAUAGGGCACACGCAAGCCACGUUUGAUAACGGGUAUUGCAAAACCGAGUUUUUCAAUCGGAUUAUCCUCUUUUCAAAGGGAGAUGCAUUGGAUGAGUUGAGCGAAUACACUGAUGACGACUUUUAUGGAUCUCUCACUUUUGUGAGCGAACUUCCUGUUUUUGACUUUGUUGAGAACUAUUACGGACAAAUAGAAAAUUGCAAAUCUGAAAACUUUGUAUCACAAGGCAUUUUGUUGCUCACAACGGAUUGCAAAAAUAUGGAAACUAGUUCAAUGAGGUAUACAAAGAGCGGAGAUAUUUACACAAUGACCUUAUACUCUGCACUUAACUGUCAAGGGACCGAAACAAUCGAGAAUUAUAACGAGGGCGAGUGCACUCAAAAAACGGAGAAUCACCGCACACUGUUUUUCACACAAGUUUCAAAGAAUGUUUUACUUGGUGAUGAGAAGUAUGGAUAUACCACAAUCACUCCUAAAACCGUUUUUGAGCUUGGGAAGUGUUAUUAUGAUGGAAACAACAAGUACUUCGAAUUUGCACUCAAACACAAUUUAGCAGUGUACCAAACGGGGAGUUCAUGUGAUUUACUGGAAACAUCAGAUAGCACAGACACCUAUCCAUUGGUUGAAUUUAGCAAACAUUUACCGUCAAUAUUUUAUGCUGAAUUUGGGUAUGGAAAAAGCGCUAAUUGUACAUUUAGCGAUGAAGAGGGUCUUCCAAAAAUAACAGUGUACGAGAGCAGUUGCACUGUAAUUGGAGAGACUUCAAUCAAAAUUACAAAAGGUGAAGGCAGUUUCGUUGUUGAAAAGUACACAACAAAUAAUUGUGAAGGAGACAUUAGUGAGGCAACAACUUUUCAAAUAGGUAAAUGCUCAUUGUUGAAAGAAGAUAAUUACGGGAGGGUUUCCGACUCGUUUGACAUUCCAAAAGAGCCAGAAAGCAGUUCAGAGACUCCAAAUAACUUGGCCUGUGUGGUGUUUAUGACGAUGACACUUUUUACGUGUUUACUUCUUUAA